AUGUCGCCGGCGACCUCAAUCCGCAUCUGUGUCUUGCAGCUGCCUGCGCUGCUGCGCCGGGAGGCUGGCCUUCCCCCUGCCACUCUCUCAGCUCUUUCUCCUUCUUCUCUUUCUCCUUCUUCUCUUUCUUCUGGAGAUUCGCGUGCAGUGCUGGAGAGGAAGCAGCAGCAGAUGCAGCGCAUCAAGGAGGCUCUUGCUGCAGCCGUCGCAGCUAUGAAGAGGGGCGCAACCUCCUCGACCUUCCCGUUCACCGCGGCGUUCGACCACAACAUCUUUUCUUCGGCGCCCGUUCAGACGUCCUACAGAGGCAUCGUCGACGCCCUCGCCACGGCCCUGGGCGAGCUCGGGGGUGAGCGCAGCCAAGAGAAACAGGGACACGAGGAAGCGCACGGAAACUCCCGUCCGUUCGAUGUCCUCGUUCUCCCCGAGAUGUGGAAUACGCCGUACCACAACUCGUGCUUUGCCGCCUACGGCGAGCCGCUGCCGGACCUCGGCGACGCAGACGAGGAAGCAAACGAGGAAGAGAUGCGUGCGCGGGUGUCUCCUUCCUUCGCCUUCAUGAAGGAGAUGGCGAAGCGGCUGCGCGUCUGCGUCGUGGGCGGGUCCAUCGUCGAGAGGCGGGAAGUCCCAGACGAGAGCGCAGGGAAGGACACGGACAGAAAAAAAGUCGAGCUGUACAACACAUGCUGCGUGUUCGAUCGAGAAGGCGCCUUCAUCGCCAAACACAGAAAAAUGCAUCUCUUCGACAUCAGCAUCCUGAAAUCUGAUGACCCGAAUGGAAAAGGGAUGAUCUUUCGAGAGAGCGCCACCCUGAGCGCCGGCAACUCCCUUUCUUCGUUUUCUCUCGCGCCUUUCGGCAGCGUCGGUCUCGGCAUUUGCUACGAUUUGCGUUUCGCGGAGAUGGCCUUGGCACUGACGCAGCAGAGAAACUGCAAACUUCUCUGCUACCCUGGAGCGUUCAAUCAAACCACGGGUCCGCCGCAUUGGUCUCUGCUUCUUCGGGGGCGUGCGCUCGACAAUCAGGUGUACGUGGUUGGAUGUUCACCGGCUGCGCCUUCGCCCUCGGUUUCUGGCGAAGGCGAGUAUCCGGUGUACGGGCACAGCACAGUCAUUGGGCCGUACGGCGAUGUCAUUGCGGAACUUGGAGGCGGUCCAGGCGCGAUUUUCGCGUCGCUGGACAGAACCAAGGUCGACCUUUUCCGGAAACAAGUUCCUACGAGUCUCCAGAAGCGUUUCGGCGAGGUGUACACGCAGGUCCAGGAGGUAACAGCUAGCGACGGGGCGCACAGGCGUGGGACUGGCCAACAAAGUUAG